AUAAGCAGCAUCAGUCAUUAUGACUGCUUUUUGGAAGAAGUUGUUUCUUUUUUCAAACUGAAGCCACACGCAAAAGUCUCCUUCUCUCCGUCGCUGUCACUGUUUGUGUCUGUUUAUUCUGUCAGCCUCUUCGCAUGAAUUUGAAGCAAAACUAAAUCUUCUUAGUGAACCCAAAACAUUUUUGCGCCAUGACUAUCCUCCACACCUCACACUGUACCUCACAUCAUCUGAUAUUGUGAAGCAGCAGCUAAAAUGUAAAAACCUAUAUUUGAUGUUUAGAAAGGGUCAACUGAGUCGAUGUGAAAGAGUUGCGUGUCUUGGAAACAUGUUUAGAGCUUAUUGAGGAGGGUGUGCGCUCUCGGGCUUUUCUUCCAAAUUGCGUUUAAACGCCAUGGACUAUUGUACUGAAGUCUUUAGUGGAUGUAGUACUGAGGUUUGCAAUUAUAAGCAGCAGCUGCAACAUUGCUGACUAUAGUAUUUACAGUAGCACGAGUAGUCUAUACCCAUGAUUUGUUGUUUACUCCUGACUUGUUGACUAUUCCUGAUAACGAUUUAACUGACUUCGUCAAAUAAGGGGAACCAGAUUUUGAGGUACGGUAGCCACUUGACGACGAACCAUAAAACAUUCAAGGUAGGAUGAUACUUAACCCGCACUCGUUAAAGGGAAAGGACAGAGAUGAACCCUUAACACUGCGGCAAACAGGGUACAGCCACUGCAAUUUGCCUGCUAUUGUACACACAAACAUGGGUGCUACGUCACCUGGUAGACUCAAAAACCUGGGUGCUACGUCACUUGCUAUUUAUACUCAAAAACUGGUGCUACGUCACCAGCUUCACAGUCCCCCUCCCCCUCGCAUACGCGGCCUCUGUAGAGGAUCGUGGAGGGAAUAAAGCAUGACCUUCAAGAAACCAAAUCAAUUAUUAAAUAUACAGAAAUACACAUAAAACAUCUCCGUUCCUCGUCGGACUAUACUAUUUUACACGUACGAAAUUCGGCACCAAAAUAUUUGCCGAUGAACCCUUUUCUUAUGUUGAUCCCAAACCAUGGAACUGACCAUUCUCAGCUCGCACCACACUGUGUUUCUCAGCGCCAUUCACUCAGCCUGCUUCAGUUUCAAGACGGUGCUGAAACACGUCUUGUAUUAAUUCCAUCCUUGCUGUCCACGGUUAAGAUGCGUGUGUGUAGGUGUGUCGUGGGCGAAUACUGUUAUUGUUUACCACCCUAUUCGCUGUCUAUUCUGAUAUUUAUGGCCUGACAAUGUGAAGUGCGGAAAUCCAGACCUUGCGACCCUACAGCCUCAUGCAGCCAAACUUAAUCCUCGUCACAGCAACCUCCUGUCUACAAUCGCCGACCUACUUGUGUACAAUUGUUAUCCACUUCCCACCGGAAGGUAGCGGUACAGAGUGUCCGAUGUUGUGUAUGACACAGACUGUGGGUGGUGCUGCGUGUCUGUGUAGACCGCCUGCUGCUGCCCCGGACUUCAAACAUCAUUUCUGAGAAAGCAGAGGAUGACUCAUGAUGGCUGCCGCCAGGAACUCGCUGCCUGCAGCAGGCUACACAAGUCUGUGGCCGUCUGUCAGGGAGAAGAUGCAAUGACUGCCUCAUUCCUGUGCUGCUGACACGGAGUAAAACACACAAACCACAGAAUAUCACGAAGCUGCUGGAGCCGGUCACUGUGGGGGUACAGACUUGGUUCAGGCGACACAACUGUCAAUCAUGUCUGAUCAUCCGCCGCCUGCUCCACCAGAGGCCCAGACAUUCUGGCUCCAAUGGGUGAGGCCGCAUACCCUGAUCUCGACUCACGCGCCUACUUCCUGCCUCCUGUCUACUUCAACCGCGUGCCGAUGACCAUAGAGCUGAUUGCUGGUCAGGAUGUUCUUGUCUCCAGUCAGCACCUGGCAGUCCAACACCAGAUUCCUCUCCUGCUCCCCCAGCAGCAGGUCCUCAGCCAGCCCACGUCCAGGACAGUGAUGUCAGAAGUGAUGCAGCCAUGCAGCGGGUGAUAGCCUGUCUUCAACACUUGUCUGAACAAGAACAAAGAAGUGUUGGUUGGACUGAGUCAGCUCAAGUUCGAACAGUACCUGGGGGAACCUUCUUACGUUGUGGAGGUCGUCCAGUUCCCUCUACCCGCCAACAUUUCUGCAGCUCUACCUCGGGAGUGGAAGAGGGGAGACUUCGAUGUGCUUCUUAUUCACCGACAAUUAUGGUUUGAUAGUCUUUGAGGUGAAGGCUUUAGGUGACAAUAUAAAGGCAGUGAAUAUGUCGCAGGAGGAUGUAGAUUGUAAUAUCACAAAAAAACUGACAGAAGCUGGGCAGCUGGACAAGGCGGAGGCCAUGUUGUCUCACCUGGUGUCUGACCUCGCCCCCGGACUGCGCAUCACUAAGGUCAUCGCGCUGCCUAACCUCACAGUUCACCAGGUACAACAAGCUGUGUCUGGCAACACCCAGCUGACUGAGGACUGUGUCGGUGUUUGGGAACAUCAGACCCCGCUGACAUCCCUGGUGUAUCUGUGCUGUGAUCAGUUGUCUGACCCCAAGACCCCGUGUGACGUCAGUAGUCACGUGCUACUCGGGAACUGGGACACUGGUGGCAGCGACGUGUGGCUGGGGCUGGACCUGAUCCCCACAUGACUGAUGUGGUCUACAAAACCCUGGUAUCCAGGUUCUGCGGUCCGGCGACAUCAGUGACUGUGCCAUGCACAUGUCCUCCACGUGUGACUGUCAAGACCCUGGGUCAGGCCGUGUGGUGGACAGGAGAGUGCUAUACUGCUGUAAUCACACUCUUCCCGGAGCAAGUUCACCUGCUACACACGGCGCCUCCCAGACUCUAUCUGACUGGACCACCCGGUACAGGUAAAACUGUGGUGCUGCUGCUGAUGGGUGAACUAUGGCUACAGUCUGGCAAAGACGUGUACAUUGUGAGUACUUGUAGUGAUAGUCGUGCCGUGUGUAGCAUGCUGUACCAGCGGCUUCUGCAGAUAAUACAAUGGCAGGCAACAGGAGUUACACAAAAUCAGCUUUAUCUCCGGCACUACCUCUUUGACAAAAGUGAAACCGUGGACAAGGACGUGGACGAGGUCGUGGACGAAGCUGUGGACGACUUGUCUCAGGCGGCGAAGGGAGACACGCUGUACGUCAUCGCUGAUGAAGCGGCAAGGCCAUACUACUUUCAGCCUUUCUGUGACAAGCUGCGGACACGAGUUCCUUCUCUCCAUCUGUGGGCGGCAAGUUGUUUUCAUGACUUCGCACCCGCCGGCUGGCAAGUGGAAUAUUUAACCAGACCCCUCCGCUCUCCACCGACCGUCGUCAGGGAAGUCGAACAAGACAAGAGGAUGACUGCAGUCGAACCUCGUGUCAAGGCGUACAGUGAGCGAGGUGUGCCCGACCACACAGACGGCCCGCCAGUCACACGGCUGUAUCACGGAGAAUGCAAAGGUGUCUCAGAUCCUUGUCCAGAGAACUGUGUCGGGUGUGGUCAUCAGGUGGCCAAAGUACUACGCGGUCUCCGUGGUCGUGUUCAGGAUGACCCCACUACCACACCCACCACCAGCGACAGACCAUCGCCUUGCCUGCAGUGGAGAGACGUGCUGGUGUUGGUGUGGCUUGGACAGCCCACUGACAACUCGGGUUUUGUGAAGGGCCUGAGUGAAGCGGGUAUCCCAGUGUGGGUGAUGAAGGAUGAGGACAUCGAGGACGUGGCUACGGCCCGCAGUGACGUGGUGUGGGUGGCGCGUGAAAACCACGUGCGGGGCCUGGAGAGAAAAGUCGUCGUCUGUCUGGAGAGUGUCACGGAUAACUCGUCUCGACUUCACCCCAUGUCCCGCUGUACGUCACAGCUGGUGAUUGUCUCCGCCUGAACAGCAAUCACAAUCACAAUCAGACGUCUUCUAACUGUCACUGUACUCAAAUAUGACUGUGACCAACAUUGUGUGUAUGUGUGUGUGUGACUGUGUGUGAGUGAGUGAGUGUGAGUGUGUGAUAUUAAUCAUACGUUCUGGCUGGUAUUUGUGUUUCCAUGUCACAUUGGCUCUGUCACUACAAUAAUGUACAUAACCUUACUGCAUGUAAGAGUAGAGUCAUGUUAUGAGUAUCAUUUCUCUAGCUUUGUGUUUGGUGGACACAAAGUAUCACUGCCAGUGCCUGGAUUCUCUCCCUUUUCAUACUCCCCUCCUCCUCCGUUUAUCCACGUGAGCAGUGGAUGGCGCCACUUAGCUUGAAGGGGAUGGGGGAAUGUCCAACUUCCAUGUGUGUGUGUGUCAGAUGAAAAUCAGUGGCAUCUUGUUAUUUAGGUAGAAAGCAGGUCCCGAUGAGGGUCUGUACCCACGAUUCCGAACAGAACAACAGGUACCCAGUUCAGCUCCACACCUUUAUAGACUGUUCCUUUGAAAAAAGACUGCUUGUCCUAAAGACUCUAGUUCUGGGGGAUGGCAGCUGUCACGUACAAACACACCUACCUAUGUACACACCUGUGUGUAGGAGAGAGAAGACUUUAGUUCGGGGGGAGGGCAGCUCUCGCAGACACAGACUCCAUACCCUCCCCUCUUACAGCUGUUUAAGCUGGACGAAAUAAUUGAAAUCAAAGUUUUACAUUUGUUGUAAAGGCUGCUGAUGUUCGUGUGUUGUGUGUCUAAGGUAUUUACAUUAGUGCUAGGUAAGGUAGGUAUCUAUACUAGUGCUAGGUCAGUUAGGUAUUUACACUAGUGCUAGGUAAGGUAGGUAUCUAUACUAGUGCUAGGUCAGUUAGGUAUUUACACUAGUGCUAGGUAAGGUAGGUAUCUAUACUAGUGCUAGGUAAGGUAGGUAUUUACACGAGUGCUAGGUAAGGUAGGUAUUUACACUAGUGCUACAGUGCUAUUAUCAUAGAGCUUAUCAGUGAUUUUUAUUCUUUCAAUAGUAUAAAUAAACAUUGAAUUUCUAAACCA